AUGACACAAUUCUAUUUCUGGUUUGAGAACAAAGUGCACGACAGCUGGAUUUUGGAAAAAGUUGAAGAUUCUCAUUUGGUGACAUGUCUCCAGAAAUGCAGAUAUGACACUAACUGUUCUGCACUGGCUUUAGGACCAAUCCUAGAAAAGGAAGAUGAUUUCGUCAGGUCUUGUUAUACUCUUUCUGAAAUCAAUGAAUCCGAUUGUGAAGAAAAUGACAGCUGCGAAAGGAAAGGAUUUCAAGUCUUUCAUCUUUCUAAGCCGAGGAAAGAGACGACAACUGAAAAUCCAACAACGACAACAACAGAAAUAUCGACUGAUACUUCUUCUAAGACAACUGCAGCUUCGUCUUCAACAGUCGGAAUAUCAACCACAACGAAAAAUACCUACUCGACUACACAAGCUUCAAGCACAAGUGAACCAUCUACAUCAACAACCGAAUUUUCAACAACAACAGCGUCUCCUUCUACUACCACGGAAUCCUUAAUUUCCACAACAGAUGGCUCAACUACGGAUUCAGAAUCAACAUCCACGACAGCAAAUGAUAUGACUACAUCAAAAACGUCUACUACGACUUCAAAAUCACCUUCAUCAAGUAUAGAUUCUUCAUCUACGACGGAAGAAACUUCCUCUACGAUAUCGGAGUCAAUAACCACAUCUACAGUUGCAACCUCUACUGUAACAGAAGUUGGAACUCCCUCAACUGCUGCAAGUGAAACAACGACAGAUGCAUCUGAUUGUAGUAACUCUGAUUCUCCUGAUUGUCAAAUUGACAAUCGACGCAAUUCUAAAUGUAGUGGAACGGAAGCAAGUAUUAUAUGCAAUGAGCCAAGGGAUCAAUUGCAAGUAUUUGGUUUAGUAGCAUCUGCCCCUUUGUUCUCAGAUGCAAAAAUGCAAGUUCGAUGCAGGGACGAGUUUUCGCAGUCUCUUUUUAAAAUGAAAACUCAGAAAGAUACUUACAACCCUUUCGAUGGAACUAUGGGAUGUAAACCCGAUUACACCAUCACAGGCAUUGACGUAUGCUUUCAAGGUGAACUAAAGUAUGUGUCGGUCGAAUGCAACCCACUUCAAGAUGGUUUCACCAUAGAGGACAAAACGGACAUGGCUGGCAACAGUAAGCAAGAUCCUGCUCAAGCUCUAUGCCCUGAAAAGAAAUCCAUGAUUAGUUUAAAACUGAACAAAGAUUCGAAUGGAGAGAUCAAUGUUCGUAUCGGUUGCUCUAAAGUUGUCAAGAAAUAAGAAACGAAAUGAAUCACUCCUGUGAUUUCAUUGCGAUUUGUUUUAUCCUCACAUUUCAACUAGUAAUGUAAAUUUUUUUUUAACCUAAGCCACAACGUGAUUACAGCACCAUACAGUAAUUAUAGCAUUAUAGCAUGAAUUUUCAAUGGUACAGUAGAAUAAGACUCUGAUAUGGAUUCAAAUAAUUUAAAAUAUUAAUGUGAUACACAAAUAUAAUAGAUAACCAUAAUAACAUAUAUAAAUAAUAUAAUAUGCCCGUACCACAACACAUGAGAAUGAGGAUGUCGUGUUUGCUUUACAACUGAAAGUGGGAACAGUAGCUUAUGUGGGAAAGACACCUGAGCACUCGAAGGCAGAAGUCUGACUUCUAGCUCAUAUGGGGAUGAUACUCACGCACUCGCUAACACAACCCCUGUUUACAGGCGGGCUCUUUCACUCAUCUCACAGAUAGAACACGGGAAACAAGGAUUCGAACCCGGAACGUCCCAUGUAAUAAAAGUUAUAACUUUUGAAGAUAAAACUUUUAAUGUCUCAAUAUAUAUAUAUAACAAUUUUGGCAAAUUUAACUUAAAAUAUUGGAAGAUGUAAGCUCUCUUAAUUUUGCUCUUAAAUUUCUUGAGCUGAAAGUUUGGCACUAGUAAGAACUCUUUAUUUUAGAUAAUGAUUUUUCAGCAAUCUU